AUGGCCGCAAGGAAAUUGCAGCAGUCCAUCUUCGCGUCGUCGUCACCGGCGUUGGGCUCAGAUUCACCCCCUCGCGCAGAAAAUCCCCUUAAAAUCAACAUACCCAAACCCGGUUCAUCUGCACCUCCCAACCCGCUACCUCAGACCAAACAGCCUGCGGCGACGGAUGCGUCUCCAAAAGCGAACCAAGAUGGAGACGAGGUGCUGUCGUAUAGAGACAGGCUGAAGAAGAAGCUAGGGGCGAAGUACGAAGGCGUAGAGCGCUAUCGUCUCGACCAGGAUGAGAAGAAGGAAAGACAUUGGAAGAGGUGGGGACCUUACCUCUCCGACAGACAAUGGGCUACCGUUCGCGAAGACUACUCCGCCGAUGGCAACGUCUGGGAAUCCUUCCCGCACGAACAAGCCCGCUCCCGCGCCUACCGCUGGGGCGAAGACGGAAUCGCCGGCAUCUCCGACAACCACCAACGUCUCUGCUUCGGCCUCUCCCUCUGGAACGGCGAAGACCGGAUGCUCAAAGAGCGGCACUUUGGCGUCGGCGGCCCGCAGGGGAACCACGGCGAGGACGUGAAGGAGCUGUAUUACUAUCUGGACUCGACGCCGACGCAUAGCUAUAUGAAGUUUUUGUAUAAGUAUACGCAGAGGGCGUAUCCGUAUGAGCAGCUUGUGGAGGAGAAUAGGAUGAGGAGUAGGGAGGUUGCAGAGUAUGAGAUUUUGGAUUCGGACGCGUUUGAGGAGGAUAGGUAUUGGGACGUUUUCGUCGAGUACGCAAAAGACGAAGACACGCCCGACAACGUCUACAUCCGCAUCACGGCAUACAACCGCGGUCCCGACCCCGCCACGCUGCAUAUCAUCCCCCAGCUCUGGUUCCCCAACUUCUGGUCCUGGCCCCUCCCCACGCCCAAAAAACCGAAAAUGAGCGCGACGGGCGAGAAUCGCAUCACGGCCGUGCACGAGAGCUUGGGCAAGGUGCAUCUGUAUUGUUUGCCGAGUCCGCCCCCGGUGGGACCGAAUGGGGAGCCGGUUCCUUCUGGCACGGAAGAGGGAGAGUCGGUGGAGCCGGAAUUGUUGUUCACGGAGAACAAUACGAAUUUCAAGAGACUCUGGGGCGUCCCGAACGAGACUGAAUUCGUGAAAGACGCGUUCCACGAUCAUAUUAUUCCUAACCAUAGACCACCCGGUCAAAAACUAGCGAACGGACAUUUUCAGACCGAGGGCGCGGAUAGGGGUGAAGCUGCGUCGGGCCAACCUUCGAAUGGACAUGCGAAUGCGAAUGGAGGAGGGACGGGAGAGGAUGGGUCGCCGGAGGGGAGCGAGAGGUCGACGCCGACGCCGAAUGGGAAUGCAAGGGGAGGAGGUUUCAAUUUCGUGAACCCAGAGAAGAAGGGGACGAAGGCUGCGGCUCAUUAUACGUUCGCGAACGUACCCGGGAACGGCGGCUGCGCCGUCGUCCGUCUCAAACUCGUGCCUUCCUCCUUCUCCGCGUCCACCUCCACCUCCACAUCCUCCUCCGCCCCCUCUUCCGUCUCUGCCUCCGGUCCCGAGUCGGAUCCUACGUUAGAAGAUGAAGGGUUGUUUGACGACGCGAUGGAGGAGCGCAGGCAGGAGGCGGACGAAUUUUAUGGGAAGUUGGUGUUGGGGCCCGUCAGCGAUGAUUUGAAGGCGAUUAUGAGGCAGGCGAUGGGUGGCAUGAUGUGGACGAAGCAGUAUUAUAGGUUUGUUUGUGAGGAGUGGUUGAAUGGGGAUAAGGCGCAGCCGCCGCCACCUUGGGAGAGGAAGGAGAAGACGCCUAAUAAGCAUUGGAAACAUUUGCAUGCGGCGGAUAUUCUUUCCAUGCCGGAUAAAUGGGAAUACCCCUACUUUGCCGCCUGGGACUCCGCCUUCCACUGCAUCCCGCUCGCGGCCAUCGACCCUGCCUUCGCGAAGAAACAGCUCGAUCUCCUGACCAGAGAAUGGUACAUGAAGCCGGACGGCCAGAUCCCUGCGUACGAGUGGAACUUUGGGGACGUGAACCCGCCGGUGCAUGCCUGGGCGACGUUUAGGGUGUUCAAGAUCGAGAGGAAGCUGUAUGGGAGGGAGGAUCUGCAGUUCUUGGAGAGGGUGUUUCAGAAGCUGUUGUUGAAUUUUACGUGGUGGGUUAACCGAAAGGACGAAGGCGGGAACAACGUGUUCGAGGGAGGGUUCCUUGGCUUGGAUAAUAUCGGAGUGUUUAAUCGUUCGGAGUCGUUGCCCACUGGUGGUCAGCUCAGACAGGCUGACGGGACGGCGUGGAUGGCGUUUUAUGCGUUGAAUAUGUUGAGCAUGGCACUCGAACUGGCGAAACAUAACCCCGUGUAUGAGGAUAUCGCCUCCAAGUUCUUCGAGCACUUCAUCUUCAUCGCCGACGCCAUGACCUUCUACCAAGGCACCGAGUCCACCCCUCUCUGGUCCGAAGACGAAGGCUUCUACUUCGACGCCAUCCAAUGGGGCCCCGGGAACGCCAUGCAACUCCCCGUCCGCUCCCUCGUCGGUCUCAUACCUCUCUACGCAACCCUCACUCUCGAGCCGUCCACGGUGAACCGUUUCCCCGGCUUCAAAAAGCGGAUGGAAUGGUUCAUCGACAACCGGCCCGAGAUGAGCGAGCGCAACAUGGCGAACAUGAAGACUCGCGGGAAGGGUGAGCGCUUCCUCCUCGCGCUGGCGAGCAAGGAGAGGCUGGUGAAGAUAUUGGAGAAGAUGUUGGACGAGGGAGAGUUCUUGAGCGAGCAUGGGAUCAGGAGUCUGAGUAAGAAGCAUAAGGAGCAGCCGUGGGGGAUGGAUGUGAAUGGGCAGAGGCAUGAGGUUAAUUAUUGGCCCGGGGAGAGUAAGUCGGGGAUGUUUGGAGGAAACUCGAACUGGAGGGGUCCAAUUUGGCUCGCGGUCAACUUCCUCCUCAUUGAGUCCCUGCAACGUUUCCACCAGUACUACGGUGACGAUCUCCAGGUAGAGUGUCCCACCGGCUCUGGAGACUUCAUGAACCUCGCGAACGUCGCUGAGGAGAUCCAGCAUCGGAUCAUACAUAUCUUUGGGCGCGAUGUGGGUGGGAGGAGGGCGUCGAAUGGGGGAAAUCAGAGGCUGGAUUUCGAUCCGCACUUUAGGGAUUAUGUGUGGUUUUAUGAGUAUUUCCACGGGGACGAUGGCCGUGGGCUGGGCGCGUCGCAUCAGACGGGAUGGUCGGGUCUCGUCGCGCAUCAUAUUCUGCAGAGCGGAGCGAGCUGUCGGUUGCCAAAGACGCCAAGGACUCCCCGGUCGAUGGCGCACCACUACUUUGACGAGACGAUCGAUUCACAAUCGGAGUAUGGGGAUGAGGUGCAGUCGCUCAUGAGCGCGUAUAGUACCGCGGACGCGAAUACGCUGGGCGACCUUUCGCCCGAUGCGUUGUAG